GUCUUCGUCAUCGGUAUCAUUAUACCGCUGCUCCUACAUCCGCGUCCCCUUCCCAUCGAGCUAAUUGUUUUACAAUCAUCGACAUGGACAAGCAUAUGCCUAUGCUUCAGUUUAUUUUCAAAUAACACUUAACGCGAGACGGUGCUGAGAUCGUGGUUUUUUUUCACAGCUGUGUUGUGCUUUCGAGUACGUUGAUCGCGUGUGUAUGACUUGACAUUUCGUGUUAUUUUUUACGAAGUAUUAUCUAUACUUACCUAUUUUUCCGGUGAAUUUUUUAUCGAACUGAGGUAGACCUCUAUAAUAACGCUACGAAAAGCACGUGGUACAGUGCGCCGCGCCGGAGAUUAUGUGAAAGUUUCCAUCUGCAGGUGUAUUGUGUUCGCGUCUGUUCACCUGGUCAACUGGUAGACUGAUCCGUGGUCGCGGUGACGUGCGGUGUGGCCAAGUCCGAGUGUUGUGCUUACGUAUACUAGAUAUAUGAACGCCAGAGAUGUCUUACAAUGUUUAUGUAUAUAGUAUUGUUUGAAUAAAAACAAAUCAAAUCGUCAAAAAAAAACCGCGUCGAAACCGAAAGGAACAGUCGAGAGAGUGAAACCAGUUUACGUUGAUCGCGACGACGACCUUGAAUAAGACGAAAUAUCGAGUCUGCGGCGAGCGACGACGCGACGAGACGCGCUGACGGCUGACGCACGCACAUGUUAUGGAGCAAGUCGAAAAAUUACUCAAAUCCGACGACCGGAUUACUGCUGCUUUGGCGGCUGCUGCUACCGAAGAUGGCACCAAGAUUAGCAGCUCGAUCGCUAAGCAGAUCCGACGCCAAAGUACGGUGACUUUUUCCGACGUCGUGGUCGAAAAUGGAAAUGACCGGAGAGUCGAGCUUAUUCCGGAAGAAGAUGGACCCGAAAGUCCGCCGGCAUCUCCGAAGGGUCGAGUUAAACGACCCAUUACUCGGAUACCGACUGAAAUCAAGCUUAAAACCAUCACCCAUAAGGUUAAAAGACCCGCUGUCGAUAUCGAAUUCCACGAUUUGGUUUAUACGGUGAAGACUGCUUCGGGUUCGAAAACAUUGUUGAAAAGUAUCAGCGGAUCUUUCGAGUCUGGCAAAUUAACAGCGAUUAUGGGCCCUUCGGGAGCCGGAAAGACUACCUUGAUGAAUAUCCUGAUCGGCUACGUAACAAAUGGCGUAGGCGGUUCAAUACUAACGAACGGACAUCCGAGAAAGCUGCACUUAUUUAAUAAGCUAUCGAGUUACAUUAUGCAAGAAGAUCUGCUACGUCCGAAUUUGACGGUUUUUGAAUCGAUGCUGGUUGCAGCUCAUUUGAAACUCGGCGACGAACUUAGUAGAGAAGAUAAAAUCAACGCUGUUAACGAAAUUAUAGACUGCAUGGGUUUGAAUGUUUGCAAAAACACACGAACUAAUGGUUUAUCCGGAGGACAACGUAAACGAACUUCGAUCGCUUUAGAAUUAGUCAACAAUCCUCCAAUUGUAUUUUUAGACGAACCUACGAGUGGUUUAGACACAGUAACGACGACUCAAUGUUUAGAAUUACUCAAAGAUCUUGCCAGACAGGGUCGUACAGUGGUAUGCACCCUACAUCAACCUAGUUCAACUUUAUUCCACAUGUUAGACCACGUGUACGUGGUAGCAAAUGGAUACUGCGUUUACCAAGGUGUACCUCAUCAACUAGUUCCGUUCCUUUCUUCAGUAGGAUUGGUUUGUAAAUCGACGUAUAAUCCUGCCGAUUAUGUUCUAGAAGUAAUUAACCGUGACACUGUUCGAAUGUUAUCGCAAGAAAUACAAAAUGGAAAAAUCGCCAGGCACGAUGCUAAUAAUGAUAACGACCAAGAUUACUGCGCUCGCAGAAAACUAUGUAAAAAAGAAACUUUGGCGGUUUUGCCUGCUGUCUUCGAAAACGAAGAUCAAUCGUUCGAAAAAUCUUUACAGUUCGCUACCAGUUUCGGAACACAAUUUUGUAUAUUGUAUAAAAGAAAACUAACGCAGCUGAGAAGAGAUACGACUAGUUUAUGGAUUCAAUUCGGACAUCAUUUGUUUUCGGCGUUGCUCCUCGGUGGUAUAUUUAUUGGAGUUGGUAACGAUGGAAGCAGACCGUUUGAUAAUUUUAAGUUUUGCAUCAGUGUGCUAGUUUUCUUCAUGUAUACUUACACAAUGUCGCCGGUUUUACUAUUUCCAGAAGAAGUGAAAUUAGUAGAAAGAGAAUAUUUUAAUAGAUGGUAUAGCUUGAAAGCAUAUUAUAUGGUUACAUUGGUUACCAGUCUUCCUAAUUUGUUGAUUUUCGGAACAUUGUUUCAAUUAAUUGUAUAUUUCCUCUCUGAUCAACCUAUGGAGGUAACCAGAUUUGUGAUGUUCUGUAUGACCGGGUUCCUAUCAGCCAGUAUAUCAGAAGGGAUCGGUAUUUUAGUGGGGUCAUUAUGUACCAGCGCUACUGGUAGCAUAAUCACGCCAAUGAUGCUGGUCCCUGCGUGCGUAGUGGCUGUCUACGGAAUGGGCUUCGGACAAUUCGUCGAACCGUUUAUGAAUUUCUUGAUGUCAUUAAGCUACGUUCGAUAUCUACUGGUGGCCACUUGUGUGACUUUAUACGGCCACAGACCGGAUAUGUAUUGCGGUCCAGAACACGUUAUUUGCCUGUAUAAAGACCCUAAAUUGAUAUUACGCGAUUUGGGAAUGUUGAAUAAAUCUGUAGUUUACCAGCUCAUAGUUUUGGUGAAUUUUUUCAUUUUUAUACGAGUUUUAGCGUAUUUCGCUCUCAGGUAUAGAUUAAAUAAAGAAAUAUCUAAUAAAAUGUUGAUAUACAUGAAGAAAGUCCUGAAACGUAAAUUUUAGAUAAAUAUUUUUUUUUAUUUUGAUUCCUAUCGAGCUUUAAUGUUAUGUACGUGUGUAUAUGUUGUUAAAAUUAUUUAUUGUAAGAAUUCCUCUCCCUUUUUUUUACCGAUUUAUUACAUGAUUAAAUAUUUAUUACGAA